CUAACAUCAAAACGAAAUAAUCCUCGCGCCGCUGUGGUAAAGCCGGCUGGCGCCCCGGCUCGGCCAAGAGCYGCCUGUGCCCGGCGAAAGCACCUUUGCGAUGGAAAGCAACUUCGGCAAACCCAAGUGCCGAGUACGGGCUGAGUCACAGCCCAGACACAGCGCGGCUGUUGCGGGGCUCCAGCCGGCGCUGUGACCGCCCGGACACCUCUCUUGCCGGUGUCCCAGCAGGCGGGGGCUGCCCGGGAAAAAACACAGCCUGGCUGAUCCCCGAGGGCGGGAAGCGCGCGGCUGCUGCUCUUCCCGCGCAGCCCGUGAGGUGAUCCCGGCGGGAUUCCCCUGCCACAGGAGCUUCCUCACAGCUCCUCAAAACCUCCCGGCUGUCGCCGGAGUCACUCGCCUUGCCUUUGGAGAGGUGUUCCGCGGGGCUUGGAGCAAGGCUUCACUGCGCCACCACCCUGAUUUGCUGCCAGACGGGCUGAGGGCACAGGGAGCAGUGCCUUCCCCUUCUCUGUGAGGCUUUGUCACCAAUCCAGCAUCCUGUUUUCCUUCAGUUUUGUUCGAGACCCAGGUACUGCUUUGGGGCCAUCAACAAUAUAUCAUGAAUAGCACCAGACACCAGUCUCUGUUCUUUGUCAGUCUGCCUGAGCUGCAAAAACUCUGUGCUGCUACAGUAACACUGAAUUCUCAGAUCCCAGAAACAGAGKCAAGGAGUACACAGAUAAAGACUUGCAGACAGUUAUUAUUCCUGUAUCAAGAGAUCCUUUCUGCACCUGUUAUGGGGACACUGAAUCAAAUUUCACUUGUAAUGGCGAUACCAUUUUAUGAAUCAGGAAUAUGCCAAGCCUAUGURGAGAGACAAGGAGCUACUCUGGAAGCACCGCAAACAGUUACUCCAGCCCUUCUCCAAACCUGUCUCUCCUACACACUUACAGCCAAACUUGCACCCAGAUGGAACAAAGCUGGUCAUCUCUUGGUGCAAGGGAAAGACUUUUUGUCUCAUUCAGGAAGGCAGAAUGCUGUUGUUGUAGACCUCAAUGUGUCAGAGAGACAGCUUUGCAUCAGUGUGGAGCCUUGCUCAAUUCGGCUGCCACCCCCUGAGCUGGUAGAUUUUGAUAUUUCAGUAAACACCGUAAAGCUGUUUGACAGCAAUGAAAAUACAGUUAUUCAGCAGCAUUCCAUAUUAAGUAACUGGUGCUAUGUUUUGCCAAGCAUGAAAAUGGGUCAGAUCAUAAACAUCAGCCACAUMAUUCCUCCAGAAUCUCCUUUCCGUUCAUAUAAAGAAUUUCAGAUGCACUGGAAGAGUCUGUAUGGAUAUAUUCUUCCUGAGGAUCUUGAAGAGACAAAAAUAUACUUGAGUGUUUACUUCAAACCAAUUGGRGAAAGGUUCUUCACGUAUCCAUUAAGUUGCGUUCGAAGUCAGCCAGUGCAGUAUUUCCCUAGAACAGAUGCAGAAAGUGUAGUGAACUCUUUUCUUUCUGACAUGAAGAGCAAUCUUUCACAACURUGUGGAUUUCCAGUAAAGAUAACUAGUAAAGCACUUUAUGCUACAAAGGAACUCUCCAGGGCUUCAGUGCAAGAAAUAAAACCUAAGCAUACGAAAUUAGACGGUGAGAUGGUUUGUGYAGUAUCUCUAACUCAGGCUCCUCCAGGAAAGCCGGCUCUGCCUCCUAGGAUUCCUUCGCCAUGUAGUACGGAAAACAGCCACUGGAUGGAGCGUUUGAUCAAAGAGCCAGGAACGCAGAGUUUUUCCAGUAGCUGUAACAGUACAGGAGGGGUUAGCAUUGAAGCGGCAGAGAAAUCAGUGAGCGAUAAGCAAAUACCAGGAGUACCAGAGUUACCAACUGCAAAAUCCUUAGGAACAUCUGUAAACUCAGCCUCUGAAUCCACCCCCACCAAAGGCAGCAAAAUUAUACCAAUUUUCAAAGGAAAGUUGAUGCAAAUGAAUGGAAAGAUCACAAAUCAAACGGAUAGGAAGAAAAGUGAAAAUGCUGAAAGACAUUCACCAGUAAAAAGUGUGGGUGUUCCAUCUUCUACACUGUCUGUGCACAAGCCCAGCAUAACUCAGAUUUUCAAACAUAUUCAAAAUAUGCCAGUCAAAAAUCCUACUGAUAGCAAAGUGCUUCAGGUAAAGAACGCGAAGACACAUGCAAAGCAUGGUACACCUGUAUUCCGAUGGAAAACCCAGACUGAUGGACAAACUGCUAAUUCUGAUUUUUCUGAAAACUCAGCUUCAAGUGGGAAUCCAAGUGAAGUCAAUCAUAAAAAGGCAAAYUCUCCCUUCUUUCUUAAGAAUGUUGGGCCAGUGCUUCAGAAAACAAACACCAGUCUGUGUUUGAAUACAUAUGAAUCUCCURCUUCCAGUGCAAGAAGGGGAAAAAAGUUUGCAAGUCAAAAUACUACUCAAGUUCUUGAGAAACAAUGCCAGUCGAAAGAAGUGCAUUUGCAGAUUGGUAAAUUAGACAAUGAAAUGACAAAUUCCAGUUUGUCACUGCAACAAACAAAGAGAUCAAAUAAAGGAGCUGGGUUAAAUAUUCAUGAGACUGUAUUCAAAGAUACAGUGUGCAUGGCCAAAAGUGAAGAAAACAAAGCAGCAUGCCACUUUAAGUACUGUAUUGCUGAGACAACCAGUCAUUAUUCCAAACCUAACUUUGAACAGAUGUUUACAGGGAACAAGUAUCUGACAUGUGAAACACUGACCUCAGACCUGACUUUGCUAGUCAAGGAGAGCAACGUGGAAUCAUCUGCAAAGAAAGCUUGUGCCAGAAAAAGACAGAAAGAAGAARGUUAUUCAAAGUUAAAGAGAACCAAAAGAAGUAAACCUUCUACCURAGAUGUUCUGGAGUAUUGAAAGAAAACUCUGGGUUCCCAAGAGGGCAGUAACAUACUUGAGGAUCUCUGAGCUUUGUGUAUUUUGCUGUUUGUCACUGGUAGCUGUUUCUGGAUGAAAAAUUGAGGGUUAAAUACAGUCAAGUGAAUCCAUGUAUCAUCAGCUUCUUCAGACAGUUCAGGUUAAUAAGCCUCUAAUGCAUUYGAAAAUAUAACUAAAUUGUUUAGGUUUUGAAUCACAUUAUGUCUGUCCUGCUACUUGCUCACACAGUUAAUCAUUCUUCCAAAUUAUUUUGUUGUUUCUAGUUGGGUUUCUAAAGAUAUAAUAUUUAAUUCUUUGCUACAAUGUCUGGGCCAGUUCAUUUCAACAGUAAAAAAUUCCUAAAUAAGUUUUCCUUCUCAAGUCAAAUGGUUUGAAAAUAAACAAUUUUAUUCCUAGAGGAAUAAUUUAAAGGCUGGAUUUGACUCAAGCUUCAUUAAUUCUUGUUGUAAUUUUGAUGACUUUUCAGAUAUGAAACUGCUCUGUAAAAGAUUUUUGAAUUCUAAUUGACAAUACCAUUCUUCAGGAGUUCAAAAAUAACCUGUASUUGCCCUUUGAGUAAUUUUAUUGCCAUAAGGGUGUCAUCAGUGACCUACUUCAAGGUGCAGAUAUAAAGAUAUUCACAUAAUAUAUGGUUGUUGUUUCAUAAUCACUGCUUUGAAGUGAAUAUUAUUGUGUUACCUGGAAGAAAGGAAUCAAAUGUCACAUUAGCUCCUAGAUUCAACUAUUCAAACUGUAGCUUAACRCUUGUUUUGGACAUAUAUUUGCAAAUACUUUUUUCUAAAAGAAUUAAUGCAAUGCGACUUUCUGCGCUUUGUGAAAACUUUUUUUAGGUUUAUAUUUCAAUAGCUGUGUUUCUGUUUGCCUCAUUCUUCAAAGCUGGAUUUUGUCCUAUUAUUAUGACAACUUUUGCUUUGUUUUGUUUUCUCUCAAAUGGUGACUGUCAACAUAGCUCUAAUUUCAGGGUGACAGUGUUUAAAAGGAAGUGAGCUCUUCAACAACAUGCCGUUUUCUCAUACGGAAUACAAAAAAUACAAGACAAAUACUGAAAGAAGUUAGAGCAAUGUGCUCUGCAAGAAAUCAAAUUAUAUUUACAUUUUGUCUGGAAAUUGGUAUACAAGGCUACUUUUCAAAUGCUGUGGUUUAGUUWCCUUUCAUAGAUUUGACUCUAUAACUGAUCAUUCUCUUGUCUUACAACAUGGAAAAGCCUGUAKAGUAGUUGCAUUUCUACCAUGCAAAAUAAAUUAGUGCUUUAUCUGAUCUGCUUCCUAUUGCUGCUUUUAAACUGCUGCCAGUUACCAACAUUUGCCGUGUGUUACAGAAGCAAUUUUGCAUUAUUCUUGCAUUUUUAAAUGUUUAUGUAAUUUUGUGCUAUAUGUUAUAAUACUCAAAAUACAGAAAAAUUAU